UUGGCAACACGUUAAUGUUCUUUGGUGUCUGGAAAAUGAGCCGUUUCAAAACCCUUCAGAAAGAAACAUCACAAGUCUGCAGAUGAUGAACUCAUCAGUGACCAACGACUCCUUCCCUCCACAAUCCUUCUUCCUCUCAUAUGUCCAGUGCAUCAUCUCCAGCUCAAACUCCCGUUUCCUCAUGGCGUUCUACGGCCUCCACAUCGUCCUCAUCCUCCCUCUCUGCGUCUUCCUCUUCUACCACUGUCUCAGCCAGCAGUGUCGGCAGACCUCCGCCUCUGCAUCAACGAGUCACUCUGACAACUUCAGUUGCCACGUUGCCUUCAUGGAGUUGAUCAGUGUCUGUGGACUUGCCACCGGCUAUGUUGCCGUUAUAAAGCAGGACGCUGACGUGAUGUUGGUGGGGAUACUAGUCUGCAAGUUCACUUGGUACGGAGAGACGUUUUUUCACAUCUUGACAUGUUUGGAGUGUUACCUCGCUGUUGUCCAUCCCUUCAUCUACCUGAGGGUCAAAGGUGACAUGGAAGUCAGGUUCAGAAUCAUCACUACAAGUUGUGUCUGGGUGCUGUGCUUGGUAGGGGCGGUUCUGGCGCUGAAGGAAGCCUUUAUUUUGGUAGAUCUCGGUGUCAUGAUUUUGUCUUUGGUUGUCAUUUCUUUCUGCUGCCUCUCUGUUCUCUGCGUUCUGGUCCGUCCGCGUCCAGGAGAACCGGCGGGGAGUAAAGAAAAGGUUGACCCAUCAAAGCUUAGGGCGUUCUACACCAUUGUGGCCUUACUAGCAGUGCUGCUGGUGAGAUUGGGUUGGGGUCUGGUUUGGACCUCGUAUGAUGCGUUAGGAGGAAGUAACGUAUGUUUGAUUGCGAUCUGCACUUUCUGGUUUAACCUCCCCAGCAGUUUGGUUUUACCUCUGAUGUUCCUCCAGAGAACAGAGAAGUUACGGUGCUGCAAGAAAAACAUCCAGCAAAAGAAGAAAAAUACAAACUAGGCUUGUAACCUUUUCUGAAAAAUCUGAAUCUCACACAUAUAACAUAUCUGAACAUGAAAUUUACAACAUACAGAUAAAUAAAACGAUUCAGACGUAUUCUGUUUCCUAAUUAACCUAAUUCAUUCUGUUCACAAACUUCAAAUCCAUCAGCAGAAAAUAAAACAUCUAAAAGAG